UCGAAUACCAAAUACCAAAUUCUAAUUUGAAUUAUUAACUAUCAUACGAACCUGUACAAGUUUAAUACAAAUGCUGCCACCACUCCGCUGUCAUGAAAGCGAACAUUGCAAUUCAGUGGUCUAUUUUGAUCUAAUUGUUAGCUAUCCAUCCAUGGUCACAGUUUGUGAGGUCCAUUUUGAUUUGAGAACCAUCCAUCUAUGCAAGGAGAUGGAAGGAGGCAUUAUUGCUCCCACUCCAACCGGAAGGAGCUGAGAAGGGGGAGCAUGGCGGAUCACGUACUGGUGUUCCCGUUCCCGCUGCAAGGCCAUGUCAACUCCAUGUUGAAGCUGGCCGAGCUGCUCUCGCUGGCCGGCCUUCACGUCACCUUCCUCAACACCGACCACAACCUCCGCCUGCUCGCUCGCCACUCCGUCGCCUAUGCGCGGCUGGACCGAAGUCCCAGAUUCCGCUUCCGCUCGAUCCCCGACGGAUUCGAAGACGAGCGCCGCCGAUCCGCGUCGCGCCUGCUUGAUCUGUUGGAGUCGCUGCAAACGCGGUCCGUGGGCCCUUACAAGGAUCUCCUGCUCGACCUCCAGCACCGAGAUGAAGAUGGCUACAGAGGAUGGCCGGCCCUGACGUGCGUGAUAGCCGAUGGGAUCAUGACCUUCGCGGCCGACGUCGCGAGAGAGGUGGGAGUCCCCGCCAUGUUCUUCCGCACGGUCAGCGCCUGCAGCAUUUGGUCCUACUUGUGCAUCCCGGAGCUGCUCCGGACUGGGGAGCUCCCUUUUCCAGACGAUGCUGAUCUCGACGAGCCGAUAAGGAACGUGCCGGGCAUGGAGGGCUUCCUCCGCCGGAGGGACCUAUCAAUCUUCUGCAGGAAUGCAAAGGACUCCAGCGAUCCCAGACUCAGGCUCGUGCGCACCGCCACCGCCGACAGUGUCCGGGCGCGAGCGCUCAUACUCAACACGUUCGAGUCCUUGGAGCCUUGCGCGUUGGAGCACAUUCGCUCCCGCUGCCCCGUCACCUACUGCAUCGGCCCUCUUCAUGCCCUGCUCAGGACUUACUACCGAUUGACUUCCGGGAGCGAUCACGAAGAAGUACGCAGCACGGCCUCCGCCAGCUUAUGGCAGGAGGAUCGGAGCUGCAUGUCCUGGCUCGACGCGCAGCCCGGCAGGUCGGUGGUGUACGUGAGCUUCGGAAGCCUCACGGUGAUGUCGCCCGAGGACUUCACCGAGUACUGGCUCGGGCUGGUCAACAGCGGGCAACGGUUCCUGUGGGUGGUGAGGCGGGACCUGGUCGACGGAAAAGAGUUGGGCGAGGGAGCCGCCGCUGCCGGAGCGACAGCAGCGCAGCUGGAAAAAGCGACGAGGGAGAGGGGGUGCCUGGUGGAGUGGGUACCGCAGGAGGAGGUGCUGGGCCACCCAGCGGUGGGGUGCUUCCUGACGCACAGCGGCUGGAACUCGACGCUGGAAAGCCUGGUGGCCGGCGUUCCCAUGCUGUGCUGGCCAUUCUUCGCGGACCAGCAGACCAACAGCAGGUUCGUGGGGGAGGUGUGGAGGGUAGGGUUGGACAUGAAGGACAUGCACGGCAGGGACAUCGUGGAGAAGAUGGUGAGGGAGAUGAUGGAGGGAAACAAGGCAGAAGAGUUGAGGACAUCCGCCGCUAAGAUGGCAGAGAGGGCAAGAGACAGCGUCUCCUCCACCGGCGGCUCAUCCUUCAUGGAAUUCGAUAAGCUGAUACAGGAUAUCAGAUCUUUGAGACCCUAAAAAUUUGUUCUACACUCACAGCUUGAUGGAGAAGUUCUAAGAAUUUGUUGUUUUGCUUUAGUCAUAUGGAAAUCAUCAAUCACCUACUUGGAAUCUAGUGACCUCAAUUUCCGA